GUCGGUGCAAUAUUCAAAGAAGUGCGACGACGCAUGAUGAGCAGCAGCGCGAUGCGGAGCAUGGAGGCGAUCGACGUCCUUCCGCUCCAUGAAGCCGACCUGGAGGAAGACGAUAUGCUCGAGGACGACGACGACGACGACAUGAUGCUGGACGACGACGAUGGCGGCUGGAGCGUCGACCUCGACGACCUCGACGACAACGUCGGCAGCCCGACGAGCGUCGCGACGCCUGAUGCGUAUGGCUACGAAGAGCUGCUCUCGCGCGUCAACCUCUCGAGCGAGGAAGAUGCGCCGUUCACGUUUCUGCUGCCAACGAGCUGCGACGACCUCAUGGUGAUCGACGAAGGCCGAAGCGCGCCGCCGAGCGAGUGCGGCAGCGAAGCCAUUGGCGGCGACGAAACCGACUCGGACGACGUCGUGUGCUGGGGCGAGAACGAAGCCGACGAGAAGGAGUACUACGACAUUGACCACCGUGUGAUUUGCGACAAGCAAAACCGGUUUUGGUCGCCGGCCGACGAGACGAACAGUGGCGCGAGCAGCCCGAGCAGCGACGCCAAGCAGAUGACGUCGGUAGUCGCGCCGCUGCCAUCGACCAACGUGACCGAGUCGGGACGCAUGGUCAACCAUAUUUUGGCGUCAUGCCUCAAGAAGCGCAAGCUCCACGUGCCGUACAAGCACCAAGUGAAGCUCGUGAAUUUCACACCGGUCGUCGCCAAGACGACGCCGACGCUCCUCUCGUCGACCAAGGCGAUUAUGGCGCCCGUCCGGACGCUGCCGUCGACAAUUGCCGUCUCGUCGUCGUCCUCUUCGUAUAGUGCAAGCAAAGCGCCGGACGAAGCGACCAAGUCGAUCGAAACGACGGUGCCGUUGGCGCCCUUCAUUGCGCUGCCGUCCAACCACACGCCGACGAUGAGCAAGGCGCGGGACAAGGACCACGUCAUGCAGCCGAACGAAGACCGCAAGAAGAUGGAGACCUCGACGCCCAAGAAGCUGCCGACGCUCGGUGUCAAUGCGCCGCUUUUGACCAAGAAGGUGGCCCAAGAGAAACGCAAGCACGCAAUGAUGAGCAUGGCGAGCGGCCUCACACUGGCGUCGUUCAAGGUGACACCGAUGCCACUGCCGUCGUCGGCCGACGACUCGGACAUCGACACGUUGGCGGUUGACCAAGAGCUACUGGACCUUUGCAACUCGAUCACGGACACGACGUCGCGCAUCUUGCGGCCAAAAGUCGACUUUAUGCCGCUGCCGGACCUCGGCUGCAUGCCCCAGGACCUACGCGACCUCAAGCUCAAGAUUGAGGCCACCGAAGUCAAAGUCGAGGGCACCAAGCACCGGCACCGCAAGGGCGGGCCGUGUCCGCGCUGUCAAGUGCAAAAUCAGCUCCGCGCGGCCAAGCGAGCGCUCCUCUGCCGCAUGAAACGCUACAAGUAAUAGCACCUCUAAUCUUAUGGACACGAACUAAUUUUCUAACUACUUGAUGAUCUUGGCAUCGACGAGCUUGAGGCGCGCGCACCGCCGCUUGAGCUUGGACUCGGUCCACUGCUCGUUGUUGAUCUUGAUGUCGCGGGCCAUUGCGGC